AUGGCAUUUAAUAAUAGUAACAAUAAUUAUACAGCUACAAUAAGAGCUUCAUCAAUGCCAAUUAGUUCGGCAACUGAACAUAUGGUUUCAUUGGAAAAUCGUCCAGUUAUUAUGGCAACAUUUAUAACAUUAUAUGCACUUAUUUUUUUCUUUGGUAUAACUGGUAAUGCUCUUGUAGUUUUCGUUGUUUGCCGAAAUAAAGCAAUGCAAACAGUUACAAAUGUAUUUAUUACAAAUUUAGCACUUUCAGAUAUUCUUAUGUGUUGUUUAGCUGUACCAUUUACACCAAUAUCAGCUUAUGGACAUACGUGGCAUUUGGGAAGAAUACUUUGUCAUAUAGUACCAAUGUCAUUGGGGAUAUCGGUUUAUGUAUCAACAUUAACUUCUUUAGCAAUUGCUGUUGAUCGUUAUUUUGUUAUUGUACAUCCAUUUCGUUCUCGUAUGCGUUUAGGUGUUUGUAUAUUAUUAAUCAUUGUUAUAUGGAUUGUUGGUAUAUCAAUAUCAUUACCAUUAGCUAUCUAUAUGCGAUUUGAUCGUAUUAAAUGUGAAGAAUAUUGGCCACAAUAUACAUCUCGACGUUUUUUUAAUUUUUCAUCAUUAGUUCUACAAUAUCUUAUACCAUUUUCAGUUAUAUCAUUUAGUUAUUAUAAAGUAUGGGUUGCACUUGCACGUCGUUCAUUACUUGGUCGUACACGUGUACGUGAAGAAGUUGAAAUAUGUCGUAAAAAACGUACAAAUCGUAUGCUUAUAGCUAUGGUUGUUAUAUUUGCUAUAUGUUGGUUACCAUUAAAUAUUGUUCAUAUGGUUGCAGAAUUUCAUCGCUCAGAAUUAAGUCAUUAUAAAGCAUUAUUUUUAAGUACACAUGUUAUAGCAAUGUCAUCAACAAUCUAUAAUCCAUUUUUAUAUUCAUGGUUAAAUGAUAAUUUUCGUAAAGAAUUUCAACAAAUAAUACCAUGUUUAUUUAAAAUAUGUUCAUGUUUUAAUCGUCAUCAAUCAAAUACAAAUAUGAAUAUGAUUGGUGAUGGUGAAAUAUUUGUUGAUCGUGCAUCAUCAUAUCAUGCGCCGCCAGUUGAUCCAUCAACAAAUGGUAAAAGCAAUGGUUUUUCAACAAAAAAAUUCAAUAUAGAAAAUAUACAAUUAGCACCAAUUAAACGAACUUCAUUAGUCGAUGAACCAUUUCUCACAUCAACUAAAUCGACAGUAAUUGAUACUAAUUCAACAAAUAUUUGA